AUGGAUUCCAAGACAGUUGCAGAAGCAAUUAAGCCGUUGGUAGAGGUUGACCCGUCUAUAAAGGUGAAAUCAGUCAUUGCUAAAGUCCAGUCAAAGUUUAACUACACCAUCAGUUAUCGCAAGGCUUGGUUAGCAAAACAGAAGGCAAUGGAGUCAAUUUUCGGAGGGGAUGAUUUGGUUCCUGAUAUACGUGUACUACAUAGAGUCUUCUGGAGUUAUUACCCUUGUAUAAGGGCCUUUAGACACUGCAAGCCAGUGGUACAGGUGGACGGGACUCAUUUGUAUGGAAAAUACAAGGGUUGUUUAUUGGUUGCAGUCUUACAAGAUGGUAAUAACAACAUCGUACCUAUUGUAUUGGCCAUAGUGGAGAGAGAGACUUCUGAUGCAUGGUACUUUUUUCUAAGUAACUUGCAUCAACAUGUGCAUAUUGAGUCGAACUUCUUGAGGAAGUUUAAGGCACCUUACUUGCAGAAGCUUAUCGUCAACAUUGGAUAUUCGAGGACGAUUAGGGAGUACCAGAUGCGCUAUGAACGAUUAAAAGAAUGGAGUGAGGCUUACACCAACUGGCUUGAUCGGAUCUCGCGUGAGCAGUAUGCUUUAGCAUUUGAUGGUGGAUACCGAUGGGGUCAUAUGACCACCAAUCUUGUGGAGUGCAUCAACUCCGUCUUAAAGGGUGCACGCAAUCUCCCGGUCACUGUGCUUAUUAAGGCUACACUUUACAGAUUGAAUGAGUUGUUCACUAGGAAAAGAGCCGAGGCUGAGGCUCGAAUUAAUGCUGGACUUGUGUUCUCUGAGAUGGUGACCUCCAAGUUGCAUGCAAAUCAACAAGCAUCGGGAAACAUACAGGUUAGCUGUUUUGAUAUUGAAAAUGAAGUCUUUGAAGUACGUGAGAUGCCUAGUUGGGUUAAGUACACAGUUGACCUACGCCAACAUCGGUGCGACUGUGGUGAAUUCCAAGUUGACCGAAUUCUGUGUCGACAUGUGUUUAUUUAUUGUGCAAAUCAGCGAUUGGAUUGGACUAGGUUUAGACCACUAGGAAAUCCUGCAAUGUGGCCUGCUUAUCAUGGACCUCGAUUCAUUGGCAACCCGUUCCUCAGACGGGUAGCCAAAGGUCGGCCUAAGAUGACCCGCUUCUUGAAUGAGAUGGACACUUGUAUGUUGCGUCGCCCUAGGCGAUGCAAGCAAUGCGGUGCCGAGGGCCAUAGUCGUAGUAGAUGUCGUCAAAGUGUUGGUCUAAGUGCAGGUCCAGCCGAAGAGUAG